AUAUCUUACUCUUAUCAGGUAUUAUUUACUAACACAGUACAGCCAUGGUUGCACUUAACCAAGAUUCAUUCACCGUGACUUCAUCGGAUGAGGCGAACACCGCGCCAGACGUCGCGAACGAAGAAGUAGAACUUCCGGAGCUGAGCAUCGAGCAAAAGAAGGAAGCGUUGAAGGAUCUGCUUGCCCAAGGCAAACGCGAUUAUAAAGCCGGUGAUUACGAGGCAGCUGCUGACAAACUAAGCACUUGCGCCAAUUAUGCUGCUGAAGUGUAUGGAGUUUUUGCAAGCGAGUCCUUUGAUCCUCAUUACUACUAUGGACAGUGCCUCAUCGAACUGGGCCGUAUUGACGCCGAUGUUUUGAAAAAUGCUCUGACCGAUAUUCCCGAAAGCGAAGAAGGAGACGAAGAAGUUGAAGGCGAAGAAAAGGAACAGGACAAAGAUGAGACCAUUGGAAAUCCUGACACUCUUACAGAAGGAGAGCGCGAAGAAAUAAGGGAGAAAGUUGAGGAAGCACUUGCAGAAAACGCCGAAGAAUUGGAGAAGGCAAAAACUACAGCAGAUAAUGAGGUGACAACAACAAGCUUGGAAAAAGACGAGGCUAAAGGAGCAGAAGAAAAGCCUGAAACUGGGAAUGCAGAAGAUGAAACUCCGUCGGCAUCCGAUGAUGCCACGGCUGCAGAACCUGAAAAAGCUGUUGAAGCUAAGGGAGAUGUUGCGGCUGCAGAACCGGAGAAAGCUGCUGAAGCGAAGGAGACAGCUGAGGCAAAGGAGCCUUCCGGUGAAGCUGCAACAGCUGAGGCAAAGGAGCCUUCCGGUGAAGCUGCAACAGCUGAAAUUACUGAUGACGGUGCCGAAGCAGUCGCUGAAGCGACAGCAGCAGAUGAUGCAGCUGAACCCAUGGAUGCCAAAGAUGCCGAUGCUGCUGCUGACGAGCCCGCCGAAACUGAGGGUACUGAAGCCGAUAAGGAAGAUACUGAAGAAGAGCCCAGCAAUUUCCAGACGGCUUGGGAAGUUCUUGAGGUUGCUCGUAACAUCUGCGAUAAGCAAGAACCUACAAAGGAAUGGGAACUGCGCAAAGCUGAUGUUCUUUUCGCUUUAGCUGAAUGUUCGAUCGAAGAAGAAAAUUACAAGCAGGCUCUCGAUGAUCUCACAAGUGCUCUUCAAAUCCAACUUCUGCACCUUUCCGCUGGUGAUAGGAUCAUUGCGCAAACCUACGUGACGUUCGCCCGCGUUUACAAGUUGGACAAAGACUUUGAGCAGGCUUCGGAGUACUACCGAAAGGCAAAGGAGUGCAUCGAAUUGCGAAUUGAAUCGCUUGAAAAGAAGUUAGCUGAAAUGACUGAGCCAGAAAAGGAAGCAGAGAAGACUGAGAUUGAAAAGGAACUGGCUGAUCUCAAGGGACUUGUACCAGAUAUCCAGCUGAAAGUCCAAGAUGCUGAAGAAAGUGCUGCAACUCUCAAGCGGGCUGCGGAAGAGCUGAAAACAGCGUUUGCUGCUACAUUGCCUCAGCUGACCACUGUCAAUGAAAAUGUCCCCGUCAAUGAUAUUUCGAACAUGAUCCGAAAGCCAGCGAAGAGACCUGCUGAUGAUGAAUCAGAGCCAGAGCCAGUGAAGAAAGCGAAAGCUGAAGGUGAAGAUGUUGCAGCUGCCGAUGCCACAACUGCCUAAUUUCAUCCGAUCAUCGGCAAGGAUCUCAUGUUCAUAAUUCCACCUCAAACUCUUUCGCAUUUACGUAAUGCGCAUAAUGCGAAACUAACCAAUCACUACCAACUCUCAUUUAAUCUCGGUUUUCAUGCGUGUAUUGUUUAAAAUCGGUUGUUGCUGGUAUACAUUGUCAUUUUUAC